UCUUCGCUUCUCUUCUUUGCGCUUCUUCGUAGUUAGACACACAUAUAUACACGCGUAAGUACUGUUGCAUCAACAACAUGGCUUUAAUGUUGCGUUGCUCCAUGUCCUUCAUUGGCCUUGUCGACACCACCAAGGCCCAGAACCCCAAUUACGACGAAUUCCCGGCUCAGGCCCACUUUUCCGGGCCCCACAAGCCGGCCUGCGCCGCCCCGCUGAGGGCGGCACGGGCGACGGCGUUGCCGCCGGGCCACGAAAUGGCGGUGUCGGCGUCGGCGGCGGCGACGGAGCGGCUGCAUGGGAUUACGGGGCACGACGGCGGCGGCGGUGGGGGCGGGGGGAGGGUGCCGGUGUACGUGAUGCUGCCGCUGGACACGGUGUCGGCGGCGGGGGUGCUGGCGCGGGGGAGGGCGCUGAACGCGAGCCUGAUGGCGCUGCGCGGUGCCGGGGUGGAGGGGGUGAUGGUGGACGUGUGGUGGGGCCUCGUCGAGAAGGACGGGCCCCGGAGGUACAACUGGGACGCCUACGCCGAGCUGGUGCAGAUGGUCGGCAGGAACGGGCUCAAGCUGCAGAUGGUCAUGUCGUUCCACCAGUGCGGUGGUAAUGUUGGUGAUUCCUGCAGCAUACCGCUACCACCAUGGGUUCUAGAAGAAAUAAGCAAGGAUCAGGACAUCGUCUACACAGACAAGUCAGGGAGGAGGAACCCAGAAUACAUCUCCUUGGGCUGCGACACGAUUCCGGUUCUACGCGGUCGAACCCCGAUCCAAGUAUACUCCGAUUACAUGCGAAGUUUUCGCGAUCGAUUCAGCGACUACUUGGGGAAUAUCAUUGUGGAAAUUCAGGUUGGAAUGGGCCCCUGUGGUGAGCUAAGAUACCCAUCUUACCCAGAGAGCAAUGGGACCUGGAGGUUCCCAGGAAUAGGAGAAUUCCAAUGUUAUGACAAGUACAUGAGAGCUUCUCUACGAGCAGCCGCCGUCGCCACCGGGCGCGAAGAAUGGGGCAACAGCGGGCCCCACGAUGCGGGGCACUACAGGCAGUUUCCGGAGGAAACGGGAUUCUUCCGCCGCGACGGCACGUGGAACACCGACUACGGCAGGUUCUUCCUGCAGUGGUACUCCGACGCGCUCCUCGCGCACGGCGACCGCGUUCUCGCCGCUGCAGAUUCAGUGUUCCGCGGCACGGGGGCCAAGCUCUCCGCCAAGGUCGCAGGCAUCCACUGGCACUAUAAAACUCGGUCCCACGCUGCAGAGCUCACUGCAGGCUACUACAACACGCGCUUCCACGACGGAUAUAUCCCUAUCGCACGCUUGCUGGCACGAUACGGCGUGAUACUCAACUUCACAUGCAUGGAGAUGCGCGAUGAGGAGCAGCCCGCGGAAGCCGGGUGCUCCCCCCAGUGCCUUGUUGGGCAGGUGCGGGCCGCAGCAGCUGCCGCAUGGGCGGAGCUCGCGGGAGAGAACGCGCUGGAGCGGUACGAUGAGCGCGCGUAUGGCCAGGUCGUCGAGACGGGCCGUGCCGAGUCGGGACUCGGGCUAAGCGCGUUCACUUUUCUAAGAAUGAACAAGAACCUGUUCGAGGGGGAGAAUUGGAGAAAAUUUGUGGCGUUUGUGAGGAGCAUGAACGACGGCCGCAAAAACGUGGCUUUGCCCAGGUGUGACUCGAGUCACUCGGAUUUGUAUGUUGGGUUCGUCAAGGGUGGGGAUAGGAAAUCGAGCCGUGAAAUGGCCGAGACUUUGUAAGUGUGGAGAGGGGAAUUCAUAUGCGUUUAAGGAUUUAUAUGUAUAGAUAGAUAUUAUUAUAUGUAUAAGUAAGUAGGGAUACGUAAGGAAAAAGGAGAAGAGGUCGUACGCAUACAUAUAUAUAUAUAUGUUAUGAUAUGCAUUAUAUUACGUACUUGUGUUCCAAGAGCGAUAUUUUUAAUGGCUCGGAUAGCACUAAUAAACAAAAGAUUUGAGUUGAGCAAUGAGCAUCAACUUUAUAUGA